AAAAGAAAUUGUGUUGUUUUGCUGUGGUUGAUUUUGCGAUCUUCAGAGCUGAGAUUGAUUGACUAGUUUUAUGUUGUUUUUUAUUUCUCUAUAGUUGAUUUGAGCACGAGUGUUUCGUCCUUUUGAAAUUAGGUAUAGUGGAAGUUUAGUGUUCAUUACUGGUAGGGUUUGAGUUUAAUUUUUGGUUCAUUCUUUGUUGCAACUAACGACAUCCUUGUAAACUAGAAAUUCAAUAGGAAUAACUGAUUCCAGAACUUUGUUUUAUUUCGUUAACUGCCUGAAACUUUAGAUUUUUCAGCUAUGUUGUUUGGACUCUUCAAAAAUGUCAACAGGUGUGUGUCGGAUCCUCCAAAAAUAGUGUUUUUUGAAGGAUCCGACCAACUUAGCUUUUCAGUGUCUUUGAUGAGUGUAAUUUAAUGGAAGAUUUUUUUCUUAUUCCAGUAGGUGAACAAUGAAUAAAUACAAUACAUAAAGUGCUAAGUGCUAACUAAGGAAAGAAAUUAAGAGUGAUUCCUAUAGAUCUGCAGUGAUCCCUAUAAAUCUGCUGCCCAUAUAUAGCUAUGUAUAUUACUAAGAUUAAGUCUAUAUACAUUCUAUAACACUCCCCCUCAACCUGGAGCAUAUAUGUUGAUCAUGCCCAGCUUGUUACAAAGAUAAUCAACUCGAGUUCCAUUCAACGUCUUUGUGAGCAAAUCAACUACUUGCUCUCUUAUCUUCACUUAGCUAGUGGAAGUCAGUUUUCCUGAAUCUUCUCACGAAUAAAAUGACAGUCAACCUCAAUGUGUUUAGUUCUUUCAUGACACAUCAGAUUUGAGGCAAUAUGCAAGGCAACUUGAUUAUCACACCAAAGUUUUGUUGGUAUGUGAUGUUCCAACCCAAUUUUAGUUAGAAGAUGAUGUAUCCACAUAAUCUCACAUGUAGACUGUGACAUAGCUUUGUACUCAGAUUCUGCACUGGAUUGAGAUACAACACUUUGCUUCUUACUCCUCCAUAAAACUAGGUUCCCUCCAAAGACAUAAUAGCCUGUAGUUGAUCUCCUGUCAAUUUUGGAUCUAGCAUAGUCAGCAUCUGCAAAACACUCAACACGAGUAUGACUGUGAUUGCUAUAUAAAUCCCAAGUCCAGGGGAUCCUUUCAAGUAACAUAAAAUCUGUUCCAAAGCUGCCCAGUGUUUAACUGUAGGCGAGGACAUAAACUGGCUAACAACACUUACUGCAAAAGCAAUGUCUGGACGAGUGACAACAAGGUAGUUUAACUUCCCAACUAACCUCAUGUAUCUCUCAGGAUCAUCAAAGGGGUCGCCGUCAUCUUUCAUAACCUGCACAUUGGGAGCCAUUUGAGUACUGCAAGGUUUAGCUGCCAACUUUCCAGUGUCUGCAAAAAGAUCAAGAAUAUAUUUUCUCUGAGACAAAAAAAUUCCCUUCUUGCUUCUAUUCACCUAUAUACCCAAAAAGUAUUUCAACUGACCCAAAUCUUUCGUAUGAAACCUAGUAUGCCAGAAGGAUUUGAGGGAAGAGAUCCUCGCAUAAUCACUUCCUGUGAUGACAAUGUCAUCAACACACACAACCAGGAUAGUGCCAACUUUUGAUUGUUAGUAGAAAACUGAGUGAUCACAUUUACUCAUUUUCAUCCCUAACUCCAGGACUACCCCACUGAACUUCCCAAACUAAGCUCAGAGACUCUGUUUCAAGCCAUACACAGACUUCUUCAAAUAACAGAUUCUCCCAUACUCCCCCUGAGCAACAAAACCAGGUGGUUGCUCCAUAUAUACUUCCUCUUGAAGAUCACCAUGAAGGAAUGCAUUUUUGAUAUCCAACUGAUGUAAAGGCCAAUUCUCAGAAACAGCUAAAGAAAUGAACAAGCUGACGGAAGUAAGUUUGGCAACUGAAGAGAAAAAGUCUGAAUAAUCCACUCCAUAAGUUUGAGCAUACCCUUUAGCCAUAAGCCUAGCCUUAAGUCUUGCCACAAAACCAUCUAGAUUAACUUUAACUGUGAACACCCACUUACAUCCCAUUAGUUUCUUCGUGCUAGGUAAAUCCACUAAAUCCCACGUGUGAUUUUCCUCUAAGGCGUGUAUUUCCUCAAGCAUCGCAUCAUACCAUCCAGGAUGGUUCAAAGCUUCUUUCACUGUUUUGGGUAUAGAGAUGGAGUCUAAAGAAGGAACCAAGGACCUCGACACAGAGGAUAAGCAAUCAUAGGAAACAAAAGUAACAAUGGAACCGGUGAAGAGCAAUAGAGAGAUCCAAAUUCUCUGAAGGAUCGGGUGAAGAAAGAUUUGAUAACAGAGGAACCGGUGCAGAACAUGUAUCGUCGAUCUCUUGUCUCCUUGAAUAAACUUGAACAAUUGGUGGUCUUGCUGGAGUAGAAGUUGUAGGCCCAAUAGUCAAUUGGUGUUCAAUAGGGGAACUAGGAGAUUGAAGUACAUUAUUUGAUUGUUCUGUCACAACCCGAGCAACCUGAUAGAGUAACCACUCAUCUUCCUCCUCUUGAGUUGUAUAAAUGGGAGGUGCAUGGAAGAAUGGUGGUCUCUGAAAAAUACCACAUCAUUUGACACCAAGUAUUUACCAAGCUUAGUAGAAUAACAUCGAUACCCCUUCUGAAGGCAUGAAUAACUCAAGAAAAUAGACUUCAAUGCCUUAGGAUCCAACUUGGUAACAGAUGGCUGAACAUCUCAAACAUAACACGUGCUUCCAAAUACCUUAGGCUCCACCGAAAAUAGUGACUUGUUUGGAAAAAUAACAUUGUAAGGCACAUUACCAACAAGAACAAUCGAUGGCAUGCGGUUAAUCAAAAAACAAGUUGUAGAGACUGCAUUAGCCCAAAAUUGUUUAGGAACCUUCAUUUGGAACAAAAGUGCUCGACUGUCUCAAGUAGAUGCCUAUUCUUUCUCUCAACAACUCCAUUUUAAGAGGGUGUAUCAACACAUGAAGUUUGAUGGAGAAUACCAUGUUGUCUCAUGUAGGACUGAAAUAAUUCUGACAUAUAUUCUUUAGCAUUAUCACUCCAUAGACUACGCAUUGAAGUAUUGAACUGAGUUUUGACUUCAGCACAAAAGUGAGUAAACACUUCAGAACGACUCUUCAUAAAGUAAAUCCAAGUCAUUCGAGAGAAAUCAUCCACAAAUGUGACAAAAUACUUAUGUCCAGUUUUGGAAACAACAGGACAUGGUCCCAAACAUCAACAUGAACUAACUCAAACUUCUUCCAUUAAAAAAGAAAAAGGUAGUCUUUAUCGACUCCACCCGCUUAUUAAUCUUGGAUUUGUUGAGCUACGAUGGUGUUUAGCAAAUUGACAUGACUCACAAUCUAGUGAAGGAAUAUUCUGAAACUGAGGACAGAGCUUCUUCAACAUAGGCAAAGAAGGAUGCCCUAAUCGACAAUGUGCCUCAAAUGGAGACACGACACAAGAGUAGGCAGCAAAUCGAGGCUCCCAAUAUUCAUCAAGAAUGUAGAAACUAUCAGAUACAUGUCCUUUACCAAUAACUUUAUUUGUCUUCAGAUCACGAAACAAACAAUGACCGACAAAAAUGAGAUAUAAUAGCCUAGGUAUCUGGUAAACUUUCUAACAGACAUCAAAUUAAAGGCUAACUUUGGUAGACCUAAUACAUAUCACAAGGUAAUGGAAGAAGUUAGUUUUACAGUCCCAGAUCCUAUAACAUUACAGAUUGAACCAUCAGCAACUGUCACAGGAGAGAGUGCUCCGUGUGAUUGAAAGCUAGAAUAUAUGUUAGGAUUACCUGUCAUGUGAUUUUCGAAGAGGAUAUAAGACAUGCUUUUCCUGACUCAACAAGGGUAGUAACUGAAAUAGAUUAUUUUUGUAAUUUUUGAUAUUGUGAGAAUUUUGUAAACUCUUUCGCCGAAAUCAAAAUUCUUUUAUCCGAAGACAUAUGAGCCACAAUUUUAGUCAUUCUCUCCAAAUAUUUUAGCAACACAAGAACUCAUCAACAAAAAUAUAACCAGAAGAAUGUAUGUGACCCCACAAAUACAGAUGAACAAAGUCUAAAAAUGGUUUUAUCAACUAAGAAACCAAUUGUCCACCCAAAAUAAAGGAACUGAGUACUUUACCGGUAGACAAGAGCACAUAGUGAACAAUCAAGUAGUUCAGAGAAAGAAAUCCUGAACCGCAACUUAUGAUAAAAAAACACCAAUUAUAUGAAAUGAAGUAGAAGCUAGAAGCCACAAAUCACAAACCAAAUUCAGUGUCGCAGAAUAGAAAUGAACCUGGAACGAACGAACUUUCCAGAUUGUAUUUUAACACCAAAAUAGACCUGAGAAGGGACGAACAAACAUUCCAGAUGGUAUUUUAACACUAGAGCACACUUGACAUUCGCCAGAAAUACGUUUCUAGAUUGUAUUUAACACCAAAAUAGACCUGAGAAUCGCUAGAAAUACGUGCCGAUGCUGGAAAUUCAAAAUCCAAUCAAUUCAGCCAGACACGCACCUUCACGUGCCGGUGCGUGAUGAACAAAAGAACCGUAUGAGCGGUGUGUGGCAACCACUCGCUUCACAACCAGAGGCCGGUGACGACUGGUUUGGCUGGAAAAUAUACUCCGCCUCCUUCUGUGGUGGUGAUAGUAGACUGACCACUUUAAAUCAGUGGAAUAGAAAUCCAAACUUCUUCCGUAACACAACCAAAACGAAACGAGCCUAUAAGCUCUGAUACCAUGUAAUUGAAUGGAAGAUCUUAUUCUUAUUCCAGUAGGUAAACAGUGAAUAAAUACAAUACAUAAGGUGCAGACUAAAGAAAGAAAUUAAGAGUGAUUCCCAUAGAGCUGCAGUGAUCCCUAUAAAUCUACUGCCUAUAUAGCUAUAUUACUAAGAUUAAGUCUAUAUACAUUCUAUAACAAUGAGUAUUUUCUUUUGAUAUUCUCAGUUUUAUUUACUUAUUGAUUUAUAUACAUUAUUGGAAAAUGUUGUAUGCGUUUUUUUUAUGCAACCCAGAAAAGAUUUUAAAAGUACAUAUCUUUUAGGGCAAAGUGUGCAAUUUUUGUAACUCUAGUUUAUCUAGGUCCUAGGAAUCACUUGGUGAAACUUAGUUCUUGUGGAAUUCCUAUCAAGUCAGGGUCUUGGGGAACCAAGUCAGAACCAUGAGGAAUCAAUCAAUUACGUUGAAUGUGCUUAGAGAUGUAUCAUAUGAUACCAGCCGACAUGUCUCAUGCCACCAAAAUGUUGUUACCGUGUGGGUAUUGGUCCAAUAACUGCAGUUUCCUGAAAAGUGCCUCUUUCCAGGGCGAAGGACGUUAAGAGCUUGCAAAAAAAUUGCUGAAUCAAUCCCUAAAUAGUACUUAGAAUAGAAUUUCUUUUCACCGAGUAAUAAGCAUGAAUAAAAAGUAAGCUCACGUGAAUAUUGAGUUAUACCUGUGAGUUAUUUUGUUAUGAAUCAUGAGCUUAGAUGAUUAGUUGGCAAGUAAAUAUCAAUAGCGGAUGAGGUAAUUACUUAGGGUUUUUAUUUUGGCGCAAUGUAGGUAGUCUCUACUGCAUAUUAUUCAACUCUUGUGGAGCUCUCUCGAAGGCUUUUUUUUGUGACAUGUACUUUAACUUUAUGCUUAUCUCAGCACUUCUAAAAUUUUGGAGUUUGGACUUGUUUAGUUACGUAAAUGGUUCAUUUGUUCUUGAUAAUUCAUUAUACUGAAAGUCCUAUACACCCAACUAAAUAUCCAAUUUAGAGUGGUAACGAAUCUUUAGAAGACCAAGAUCACACUGAACCAAUAAAAUACCCACUACCUUUUCCAAUUAGGCAUCUAUAACUGUGGUAAUUCGGAACAUUUCCAGUUAGUGAACUUUUAUUCGUUCCUUUAUUAUUUAUUCUAUUCUUGUGCUCCUUAAUCUUCUCUCCUCUUUGUUUUACUUGAAUUUAAGCCUCCAAUAGUAGUCCUGUUUCCUGUCUUGAUUUUUAGUCAUAUUCUUCUACCCUUUCUAUAGUGAGACCCAGAAAUGGCUCAAGGUACUUGUGCGAUUCUUAGUAUGCAUCGCUCCUUAACAGCCCCCCACUUUGAUGCCUUGAAACCCAAGUAUUCUGGUCCAUAUGUCAAGGAUACAGCCAAGUUUGUAGCCUGUCCAACAUCACACUUUGGUAUUUAAUAAGAUCAUUCUUUCAGUCAUUUGUUCGCUUAUCUCAACAGUAAAGUCAACUAUCAAUGUGAUUUGAUUUUCUGACUGGCUUAUAAAUUGCUUGAUUUUCAUACUAGCUUUUGUUGAGUUUAGUUGGUGAUGUUAUUUAGUUUGGGAACAGGGAGACAGGUGUUUGGAAUUUGUGUAGGGUUGCAUUCUGUUAAAUUGUAAAGAUAUUGAAAUCACAAUGAACCAACAUAGCACAAUCGAUCUGAAACAUGGAUGGGACUUCAUGCAAAGGGGCAUUACAAAAUUGAAGAACAUUCUAGAAGGGCUGCCUGAGCCUCAGUUCAGCUCAGAGGACUAUAUGAUGCUGUAUACGACAAUUUACAACAUGUGUACUCAGAGGCCCCCACAUGAUUAUUCUCAACAGCUGUAUGACAAAUAUCGUGAACCUUUUGAAGAAUAUUUCACAACAACGGUAUUGCCUUCUUUGAGAGAAAAACAUGACGAGUUCAUGUUGCGAGAGCUGGUAAAACGGUGGUCAAAUCAUAAGAUCAUGGUCAAAUGGUUGUCUAGAUUCUUCCAUUAUCUUGACUGCUAUUUCAUUGCCCGGAGAUCUCUGCCGGGGCUUAAUGAAGUUGGAUUAACUUGCUUCCGUGAUCAGGUCUACCAAGAGUUGAAUGGAAAAGUCAGGGAUGCUGUUAUAUCUUUGAUUGAUCAAGAGCGUGAGGGAGAGCAAAUUGACAGAGCUCUACUAAAGAAUGUGCUAGAUAUAUUUGUUGAAAUGGGAAUGGGGUCGAUGUAUUAUUAUGAGUACGAUUUUGAAGAUGCAAUGCUCAAGGACACUGCGGCUUAUUAUUCUUGCAAAGCUUCUAACUGGAUCCUCGAAGAUUCAUGUUCAGAUUAUAUGCUAAAAGCUGAGGAGUGCUUGGAACGAGAGAAGGAUAGGGUCUCUCAUUAUCUCCAUUCAAGCAGCGAGACAAAGUUGCUUGAGAAAGUGCAACAUGAGUUGUUGUCUGUGUAUGGCACUCAACCUCUUGAGAAGGAGCACUCUGGAUGCCAUGCGUUACUAAGAGAUGAUAAGGUUGAAAAUUUAUCAAGGAUGUAUAGGUUCUUUUCUAAGAUUCCUCAAGGCUUAGACCCUGUGGCCAAUAUUUUUAAGCAGCAUGUUACUGCUGAAGGUGCAGCUUUGGUAAAACAGGCUGAAGAUGCUGCUAGCAACAAAAAGGCAGAUAAGAGAGAUGUGGUUGGUUUGCAGGAACAGGUUUUUGUUGGGAAAGUGAUUGAGCUUCAUGAUAAAUAUUUGGCAUAUGUGAAUAACUGUUUCCAAAACCACACACUUUUUCACAAGGCACUUGAAGAAGCUUUCGAACUUUUCUGCAACAAGGGUGUUGCUGGUAGCUCAAGCACUGAACUUCUUGCCACAUUCUGCGACGUCAUUCUCAAAAAAGGAGAGAGUGAAAAAUUGAGUGAUGAAGCCAUGGAAGAGAUAUUGCAGAAGGUGGUAAAGCUGCUAGCUUAUAUUAGUGAUAAGGACUUGUUUGCAGAGUUCUAUAGGAGAAAACUAGCCCGGCGGUUGUUAUUUGAUAACAGUGCCAAUGAUGAACAUGAGAGAAGUGUCCUAAGAAAGUUGAAGCAGCAGUGUGGGGGACAGUUCACAUCAAAGAUGGAGAGAAUGGUCACAGAUUUGACAUUGGCAAGGGAAAAUCAAGGCAACUUUGAGGAGUAUUUGAGCAAUAAUCCAAUAGCAAAUCCAGGAAUUGACUUGACGGUGACUGUCUUGACUACUGGCUUCUGGCCUAGCUACAAGUCUUUUGAUCUCAACCUCCCAGCAGAAAUGGUUAGGUGCGUUGAAGUAUUCAAGGAGUUUUAUCAAACAAAAACGAAGGACAGGAAACUUACGUGGAUAUACUCUUUGGGAACUUGCAACAUAAAUGGAAAUUUUGAGCCGAAGACUGUUGAGCUCGUUGUCACUACUUAUCAGGCUUCUGCUCUGUUGCUCUUUAAUGCAUCAGAUAGAUUGAGUUAUCAGGAAAUCAUGACGCAAUUAAACCUAUCAGAUGAUGAUGUUGUUCGGCUUCUUCAUUCCCUUUCAUGUGCGAAGUACAGGAUUCUCAACAAGGAGCCAAGCACCAAAACAAUUUCUCCGACUGAUAUCUUUGAGUUCAACUCAAAGUUCACUGACAAAAUGAGGAGGAUCAAGAUACCUCUCCCUCCUGUCGGUGAGAAGAAAAAGGUAAUUGAAGACGUUGACAGGGAUAGGCGGUAUGCUAUAGAUGCUUCAAUUGUGCGUAUUAUGAGGAGUCGUAAAGUAAUUGCCUACCAGCAACUGGUUGUGGAAUGCAUUCAGCAGUUGGGACAGAUAUUCAAGCCUGAUGUCAAAGCUAUCAAGAAGAGAGUCGAAGAUUUGAUAAGUAGAGAAUACCUAGAGAGGGACAAAGAUAACCCAAAUUUGUUCAAGUACUUGGCAUGAUUUGUGCUGAUCAUAAUACUUGGAGAAACAGGCCGCCCAAGAUGAACUUCUUGGACCUUUGAUUGCCUUGCAUCAGGAGCUUGAAACAUUUUGUACAAAUGGACAAGAGCUUGAAACUCUCAUAUACUUGAGAUGUGAUUGCCUUAACUUCUUCCAAUCUUAUAUGGCCCUUUCACUUGCUCUAUUCUGUGUUUUGUUGGCUACCUGUUUGAGUAAACGUAAUAUCCUAGUCAACAGCUUACCCUCCCUAGAUUCAGCACAAUGGUAUUUACUUUUAGUACAUGCUCUGCAAUUGUACUUUGUUGGUUCUUUGUAGAUUGUGAUUUGGACCUUGGUGGUCCUUGUGGGGUUAUCUUUUAACCUUGUGCAAGUUUAUUGGAUCUGGGCCCUCAUGUUUCAACA